GUUCAAAUUUGAAAAGCUUGAUCAAUCACUGCAUUUAGGUUUCACAAAAUUAAACUUUCAAGUCAACAAUCACCAUAACGUAAUGAAGCGAAGAUUCAAAUCUGCUAAUAAACGUCUACCAAAAACCCUAACCUCUUCAAUUGGAGCUUUCACUCAACCUCAGGUCCUAAAUGAUGAUCGAUUCGAUUUGAGCAACGCCAAAAAGGCCAGGUCCCCAGAUAACAAAGCAGAUCCUCUUCCAAAUGUUGGAAGAGUUGCAUUAUCCAAAAAAUAUCAGACAGCUUGCAACCCCAGAUCCGAUAUGCCCAAAACUUCAGAGUAUGCUUUCUUCAAGAAGUUGAAAAAGGAUAUUGGCCAUAGUAAUUCAGAUCUUCUCCACAGAGGGAGUAAUCUAUCAAAGAUCACUCAACCUAGUAAUUGCAUCUCAGACAGACCGAGAACAUACAACGUGCCGCAGUGCCCGGAUAAGGACCUUAAAAUCCCAAUUCAAGUAGAAAAAGAAUAUCAGACUAAUGAAUGCCAGUCCUUUUCACCUGUUGAUGGUGUCAUAGGCAUAUCUAAGGAGGCAAAACUUAAGUCUUUUUCACUCCCUACUGCAGUGACUCCUGUAGAUUCAAAUUUGAGGCUGUCACCCCUUGCAGGUCCAUCAAAUAAUUUAGGGAGCCAAAACUCUGGUAAUGGGAUUUUUGCUGCAAAGAGGCAGAAACUAUGUGAGCGGGCAAAUAAACUGUUUCUUGACGUCGAGAAACUCAAUUCUGAAAGGUCAACCAGGUUUGAUUUGGUUUCUGCACUUCUCAGCCGGCUGUUCCAUGGAAGGAAGGAGGAUGAAGAUCUCUGGGAUUCACAGUUCAGGAAAGGGAAAAAUGCAAGUGCUAGCUCACUUGCAUAUGCUAAGCCAGAUCAUGCAAAGACACGACCUCAUUCAAGGCACAUAGAAGAUGUUACAGUACCAGAAUAUAAGAUGAGCCAGAGAGAUUGCUGUCCCAGUAAUUUCUUUGGUAGGCCAAAGAAGAGAGUUCCCCUAGAGUUGGAUAACUUCACUUCUGCCGUUAAUCUCAUUGACUAUGACUUGGAAACUGGUUUGCACUACAAAGUUUUAGAUAAUAGUCAAAUUUCAAAUAACAAAAUAACUAUAAGUUUGUGGGAUCAGAGUGAUUCAUUGCCUUCAUUAUCCUUUGACCGGCAUGGGCUUGCUGAUCAUUUCCUACCGGAUAGACUUCAUAGUGCAAAUAUACCUGUAAGUAGAGGAGCACAAAACUUGUUCUUAGAUUGGGAUUUCAAUGAGGAGAAAAAUGAUCCUGUAUUAGCUAUUACUACAAUCGGAGGGAAUAAAUUGUGUUCACCAAUAGCCACCUCACGGCACAUUGAUUACCAGCAGAGUACAGAAAAGACGCUUGAUGCGCUGGCAUUGUGUUCAUCCUCUUUAUUUGCGAACUCUGGAUAUUCUGAUGCGCUGCCAUAUUUUUGUUCAACAAAAUUUCAGCAGAAACUCUUCCCAACUGAUGUCUGCUCCAUGGAUUUUGGAACGAUUCUUGAACAUGAGGAAUAUGAAGUUGCAAGAAUGGACCAGUUUGAUCUACCCUUGCUAUGUAACUCAGAGCAAGAUCCUCUGGAAGGUCGUAAUCCUGAGAAUCAAUUUGAAAUUGGCAAUGAAAUCGUCCCCUAUCUAAGUCAUCAUGAGAAGAAUCAUUGUGAUUCUGAUGCCUUCUUGCCAAUGGCCUUGGAUACUUUCGGCUGGAAGUUCUUUUCAGCAACCAGUUCCCCGUUGCAGAGGGGUUUAUCUACUUAUCAUGCUCUAAGACUGCCUCAUAGAGAAGAUGCAAUUGGUCUAACACAAGAGGAGAUCAAAAACAGCUUGUAUGGUUCAAACCCAAGAGAUAUUGCUCCUCAAUCAGUUGAACAGGCACUCAACUCUGACGUCUGGUUCUCUUGCAACUCUGAAGUAGCAUGUGACAAAGCAAGUGGUGGAUCUCUAUUACUUGAUAAUGCAAGCUGGAUUACAUCUGUUGAAGAAAUUUCUCCUGAUCAUUCUGAUGAAUGGAUAUACAUCUGACGGAUCCUAUAAUAAUAGGAUGGGAUUGUAAGGUUGCCCCUUAUCCCAGUAAAGGUAUGUUCUUCUCCGUGAUCGUCUGACAUAUGGCCCUGUUAUACUUAUGUUGUGCUUGAGAUUCAGGACCAUGUAAAUACAUUUAGUUCAAAACCAAAUAGACUUCUUCUUUUCCAAUAGAAUGGAGUUCCACAAAGGAAAACAUUGUUCAUUUCUGGGCGUUUCUUGCUCUAGCAUGACAUUAAUCUACUAUGUGCAAGUCACCAUUUUCUGGAAGCA